AUGGCUGAGGAUAAGGCCGUUAGUGCUGAUGGCAAGGGUGGUAGAGCGGAGAGUGAUGCUGAGGAAGAGGUGCGAGUACCAGGGUCACACAAGAAGAAGGAGAAGAGGAAAGUGUUACCAGUGAAGAUGCCAGUGAGAGAUGCAAUCCAAGCUGUGGGCCUUAUUGAUGAAUCAACGAUGGCAUGUGAUGACCAUAAGAAGCUUGAUGAUGUCUCUACUAAAGAUUAUGGUAUUGCUGCUGAGCGCAUCUCGGGUUGGAGGACUGAUAUUCCUCCUGCUGGUUCAAAGCCAUCCUCCUGGCUUGAGGAAAAAAUUAUCUACAAUGCCUUCCAACUUCUCUAUAGCGGUGGUGCCCCACUCACACCCAUUGACACAAUUGCCAAUGCUGGGGCUGACAACGUGGCAGAUCAUUUUACGACCCUAUUUGCAGACAAUGAUUUGGAUGAAUCAGUCAAGCGCUCUCAAGCCCUUGCCCAUAUGUCUAAACCAAGGGCUGCUCAGGGCAGUCAAGAUUUCUUCUAA